AUGAGCCGGAUAGGAUUGACUCGAUACGAGGUGAAAGCCUGCAAGGCCUGUCAAUCGUCCAAGAGGAAGUGCACCAAGCAGCAACCCAAAUGCCGCCGUUGUGACCUUCGCGGCUUGGACUGUCUCUAUGAGCCUUUACCCAACACCUUUGUCUAUCAAGCUACACAGAACUGCGGGGGACAAGCUUCUCCAUUGGCAGACUUGCCAGAGCCACAGUUGUUGCAGUCAGGCCAAGAUGACAGUUGGUCUGAGCUGGUAGACAUAGGAGUGGACAGUCAUAUGAAUCAUCAAAGCACACCGGGUACUAUCUCUUUAGAAGACCUGAAACUGGCUUGGUUCCUUGUUCCAGAGUCUUGGAGGGUAGUUCCGGUUCGAGAGUCAAAUAGGGCGCAUCUAACGACGGACAUGAUCCGGGGGCUUCUGUACCAAACAAGAGAUUGGCUGGAGGAUUGGACAAAAAGCGGAAGUAAUGUGUUUGUGCAUCAUGAAAUUUACAAAAAUAGUCUCCCUGACUGCAUCAGCGAUGCUUUCACAGUACUGUAUUCAUAUUUCUCAAGGACACCGGAGACCAGUGAGAUGGUGCUCCGGAUUGCAGAGCAGAAGGCGGAGAGGUUAUUGGUGUCUGAGGGCAACAGAAACACAGCUGGAGACAUUCUGAGUAGCCUAAGUCGUGUACAAGCACUCCUGGUUUAUUGCACGAUCCGACUACUGGACGGUGAUCUGCGACAACGUCACAAGGCGGAGCAGCAUCUUCGGACCCUACAAGAUUGGACAAAAGAAAUGAUGAAUAAUGCUCUCGAGGCUACGAAUAAUGGAGACAUGAUUGUCAAGAACCAUCUCACGAAUGUAAGCCCUCAAUAUUUCACAUUACCGCUGCUUUUGGGACAGUUCUCUCCUGAGCAACUACUCUGGCAUUCGUGGGUACUGUCAGAGUCUGUUCGAAGGACAUGGUGUGUAUCCAUGGGCCUUCAAUCAGGCUAUGAGCUGCUGAAGACUGAAUCUGGUCCCUGUUACGGGACCUUGCCCAUCACCACGAGAAAGGGGCUUUGGGAAGCGAGGUCGGCGUUCGCCUGGACCAAAAUGUGUGCGGAGAGCAACAUUGGCUUUAUGUGCAGGAAUGAUCAUGAAAAGGUCAUGUUGAAUAUGGAGCCCGCAGAUAUCGAUGACUUUGCGUCAUGUAUGAUGGAACUCGAUGUUGGUCCCGACAGGAUGGCAAGAUGGAAAUCUGAACGCUCGGGGUGA